CUGUUGGUGGACUUUAGCAUCAUGUUUGACCAAGAAUUUCCUCUCUUGCACCAACUAAGUUUGAAUGGACCCAUGUGACUUCAAUUCAUUGCAUCCUACAUAACAAACAAACACCAUCACAAAAUCACAUAACAACAAACAAACCAUGAGAUUCCUCUUAUUUUUCUUCCUAUUCCUUUUGCACCUUCACAACUUCUUCCAAGUUUCAUCUUCACAAACCUUAACCUUACCUCCAAACACCACUGGCUAUGCUUGCAAUCCUAACCAAACCACACCCUCUUGCCAAACCUACGCCUUCUUUCGAGCCAAGGGUCCGGACCAACUCGACUUAGCUUCGAUAAGCGAUCUAUUCUCCAUAACCCGUCCCAUGAUCGCGAAACCAAGCAACUUAACAUCUCUAACUUCACCUCUUUCCCCUAACCAAGCCCUCUUUGUUCCACUCACUUGCACAUGCAACUUAGUGAACACUACUACAAAUCUAUCUUAUGCUAGCAUCAACUACACAAUUAAAAGUGGUGACACUUUUUAUGUUGUGUCCACAAGCCUGUUUCAUAACCUAACAACCUACCAAUCAGUGGAGAUUGUCAAUCCUACACUUGUCCCUACAAACCUCUCCAUAGGUCAAGAUGUAAUAUUUCCAAUCUUUUGCAAGUGCCCAACACAAACCCAACUCCAAAAUAGAGUCAAUUAUCUUAUUUCAUAUGUUUUUGAACCAUUUGACACAAUAUCUUCCAUUGCUUCAAGGUUUGGGACAACAGAAAACUCAAUAGUUGAAUUAAAUGGUAAUGAUCUUAAGCCUUCGGACACCGUUUUCGUGCCGGUUUCGCAGCUUCCCGAGCUCGCACAGCCUCCCCCGACUAACGUUUCAUUGGACUCAAAGAGUGAUAGAAAAGGGGAGGUGAUUGGUUUGGGAAUAGGACUUGGAGUUUGUGGAGUUAUGUUGGUUUUGAUGGGUGGUUUUUGGGCAUAUAGAGAGUCUUCAUGGAAAAAAAGAGUGGGAAAGAAUAGAUAUGAUGUAGAAAACAAGAAAACUAAAGUGAAAGUUAGUCUUAUGGAAGAUGUUUCAGAUUGUUUGGAUAAAUAUAAAGUGUAUACAAUUGAAGAGUUGUAUGAUGCAACAGAUGGUUUUGAUGAAAGAUGUGUGAUCCAAGGGUCUGUUUUUAAGGGUUGUAUUGAUGGGAGGUGGUAUGCAAUCAAAAGGAUGAAGUGGAAUGCUUGUGAAGAACUCAAGAUCUUGCAAAAGAUAAACCAUGGAAAUUUGGUGAUAUUGGAAGGAUUUUGCAUAGAUUCUGAAGAUGCAAAUUGCUAUCUAGUUUACGAGUAUCUCGAAAAUGGAUCUCUAUAUACAAGAUUGCACGAUAGCAAGUCAGAAACACUAAGUUGGAAACAAAGACUAAGAAUCGCGGUUGAUAUAGCCAACGGUCUUCAAUACAUCCAUGAACACACCAUACCAAGAGUCGUGCACAAAGAUGUCAAGAGUAGUAAUAUUCUCUUGGAUGCACAAAUGAGAGCCAAGAUUGCCAAUUUUGGGCUAGCUAAAUCAGGAUGCAAUGCUAUAACAAUGCAUAUUGUGGGAACUCAAGGAUAUAUUGCUCCCGAAUACUUAGCUGAUGGAAUUGUGUCAACUAAGAUGGAUGUUUUCUCUUUUGGGGUUAUUUUACUUGAGCUCAUUUCCGGGAGGGAAGCCGUGGAUGACGAGGGAAAGGCGUUGUGGGUAGAGGCAUAUGCCAAUUUUAAUGGGAAUGACGAGAAACACAAGAAUAUGCUAAAAGGGUUUGUUGAUAAUGUUAUAUUGAAGGAAUCUUGCUCAAUGGAUGGUGUGAUGAAUGUUAUGGCAAUCGCGAUCGCGUGUUUACAUAGGGAUCCUUCAAGAAGACCGAGUAUGGUGGAUAUUGUUUACGCGUUGUGUAAGAGUGAUGAUUUGUUCACUGAUAUAUCCGAUGAUGGGUUUUCUCCACGCCAAGUUUUAGCAAGAUAGAUCUAUUUUGGUAAUUUCUGAAUAAUAUAUGUAUAUAUACACACCCACCCCCUUUAGCCAUCUAGGCAUGUUUUUCCUAAGGUAAUAAAUACAACCUUAUCAUCGUA